GACGUUGGCCAAUCAUAUUUAAGCUACAGAUUUCAAACUUCUAACGUCGAAGGAAGUUCCUUGCAGUGGCGUUCGUGGUAGUUCGUCUUGCCUGUUAGUUUAUCUUGCAUAAAAAUAAAUAGUAAAAUGACAGAAGAGUCGGCCGUUAAAGUUUGCGUACGGGUGCGCCCGCUUGUUGCCAGAGAGGAAAGUUCAUCAGAGAAUGUGGAGCCCAUCCACCUGUUUUGGAAAUGUGAUGACAAAUCAAUCCAUCAGAUGGAUGACGGGACUUCCACCAAGAGUUUUGUGUUUGACAGAGUGUUUACAGCUGAAGAAACUACCAAGCAACUGUAUCAGGACAUUGCAAAACCCCUGGUCGUAUCCACUGUUCAAGGAUAUAAUGGAACAAUAUUUGCUUAUGGGCAGACAUCUUCUGGAAAGACUUUCACCAUGAUGGGCAGAGAUCAUACUCCUGGAGUGAUCCCACUGGCUGUGGAAGAUGUCUUCCAAACCAUAAAAAAUUGUCCGAAAAAAGAAUUUCUUCUCAGAGUGUCUUAUAUGGAAAUCUAUAAUGAGACUGUGAGUGAUCUGCUUGUUGACAGCUGGAAGCGGAAACCCCUGGAAGUUAGAGAGGCCCUCAAUAAAACCAUCUAUGUGGCUGAUCUGACUGAGGAGUUGGUUACAUCUCCUGCACAGGCCCUGUCCUGGAUUCGGAAAGGAGAAAAAAACCGUCACUAUGGGAAGACAAAAAUGAACCAGCGGAGCAGCCGCUCACACACAAUUUUUCGAAUGAUCCUGGAAAGCAGAGAGCGCAGCGACCUUGCGUCAGGUGAAAAUGCUGACGGAGCCAUUAUUGUGUCUCAUCUGAAUUUAGUGGAUUUAGCUGGAUCGGAGAGAGCGAGUCAAACAGGAGCUGAAGGUACUCGUUUUAAAGAAGGCUGUAAUAUCAAUCGCAGCCUGUUCACACUGGGGCAAGUGAUCAAAAAGCUGACUGAUGAAAGCCAGAAGGGUUUCACCAACUACAGAGACAGUAAGCUGACACGUAUCCUGCAGAACUCCUUGGGUGGAAACGCUAAGACUGUUAUUAUCUGCACCAUCACCCCUGUCACACUUGAGGAGACUCUUAGCACUUUGCAGUUUGCCAGCACUGCAAAGAAAAUGAAGAAUGACCCCCAUGUGACAGAGGUUUCUGACGAUGGCGCUUUGCUCAGAAGGUAUCGCAAUGAAAUCGCUGACCUGAAGAGACGACUUCAAGAGGUGUCUUCAGUCACACACACCACAGCGACUGAGAGGGAGGUUCUGUCCCAGCUGAUCCAAGAAAAGGAUCAGCUCCAGAGAGAACAACAGGACAGAAUCAGAAACCUCACUAAGCUUCUUGUCACCAGCUCUAAUCUGGAUCUCGUUAGAAAGAUGCCCAAGCGCAGAGUUACGUGGGGAGGAAAGAUGUUGAAGCUCACCCAAGCAUCGGUCUGUGAUGGUGACGUGUUUGGGUCUUUUUCUCAAAAAAGAAAAGAUGACCGCUCCUGUCUGUCAGAACUGGGUGAAGAAGAUGAAUUUGACUCUCAGUGGGAGAUUCCUUCAGAUAACCUGGAAAUGAGUCGUGUGACCGUUCACAGCUUUGAGGAAAGUGCUCAGGACUUUGUCUCUCCAGAUCAGAUGCAUGAGCUUUCAAACACAGUGUCCAGCCUAAACAUCCAGCUGGAAGAAGAGGGUCGGCAAAAAGAAGAUGCACUGGCAAAAGUCCAGAAAUUGGACAGCGUCGUAUUGGAUCUAGAGCUCCAAUUGGAAGUAAAGAGUCGAGAGAAAGAGGAAGCCAGUGCAAAAGUAGACCUUCUGGACACCAGAGUGUCGGAGCUGGAGGGCCAGCUGCAAACAGAGGCCCAGCAGAAACAGGAAGCUGUGGAGAAAAUAUUGGAAACUGGUCAGAAGCUAGCAGAUCUGGAGCUCCAGCUACACUCGGAAGCUCAGCAGAAGCUUGAAGCCAUGGAGAAGGUUGAUCUGUUAAUGAGCCGAGUGGCAGACCUGGAGAGACAGCUGGAGGAACAGAGUCAGGCCUUCAAUAGUCAACCCGAUAAAGAGAUGAGAAGAGAGUUUGUUGAAACCAUCCAGCUGUGUGAAGCUCUGGCUUCUGAGAAGGAAAUGGUGGCUGCAGAACGAGACUAUCUGAAGCAGGAGUUGGGGAUGUUCAUAGAGCAAACUGAAACUCUGGAGAAAGAUAAAGCUGCUCUGUCACAAGAGCUGAAAGAGAAGAGAGAUAUAGAUGAGUUUGAAAAUCUGGAGCAUGAGUUCAGGAGGGAACAUGAGAAUGAGUUACAGGGAGAAAUAUCUAGGCUGAAGACAGCUCUUGAACUCUGUGAGCUUCAGUGUCAGGAGCUUCAGAACAAGAUGGCUGCUCUGUCUGAGGACCUGAGGAGUAAAACUGAAUUAACAGAACAGCUGCAGAGUUUGAAUGGUAAGGACUUGGUGCAGGAGGUGGCAAAGCUUCGUCGCUCACUGGACGAUGCAGAAGGUGUCAGCAGGGACGCGAAGAAGGACUGGGCUGUCCUCCGUAGUGAAAGCAUUGCUCUGGAGGAGAUGAAUGCGACUCUGACUGCCAACUACAAGAAGAUGGAGGCUCAGGUGAACAGCCUGCAGUUUCAACUAGAGACAGAGAGGUUGCGCUACAAAACCAUGCAGAGUGAUCUUCAGAAAGAGCUGAACGUUGCAUUUGAAGAGAACACCAAGCUCACCAUGCUGCUAGAUGGCAAAGUCCCAAAGAAUCUGAUGGAAGGUGUAGAACUUGAGAGAAAAGUGGCCAACCUGAAUAAAGAGCUGGCAGCAGCUCAUAAGAUGGAGGAAGCUCUCAAAGCUCAGCUGGAGGAGCUGGCUGCUUUUCAGACACCUCCAGAGACGGUGGACAACCUGAAGAAGCAGGUUCGCGAGUUGACAGAGGAGCUGGAAUCUGUUCAAAAUGAGAGGGGCGACCUGCUGACAGAGAUUCUGAAUGUCCAAGCAGACCUUAAAGCCUCUGCUCAGAGGGAGCAGCAGCUGAGCCAGCAGUGUGCUGAUGGAACGCAGCAGCUGGAUUCCCUUCGUUCAGAGCUCAUGAAUGCCACGAAGAAGACGGCCUCAAAACUUGAGGAGCAUGAGCAACACAGAGUAGCACUGGAGGACAAACUGAAGGAGACGGAGCAGCUGGUGAAGGACUUGGAAGAGAAGCUGGGUGACAGCGAAAUGUCCAGAACCACGGAGGAGGAGAUCAGCAAAGAACUUCAAGAACAAGUAAACCAGCUGACUCAUGAGCUUCAGUGUGUGCGAGCAGAGAAAGACGCUCUGCUAUUUGACAAAGAUGCUGGUCUUCAGGCUUUAGCAGAGAUGGAACAGCUGCUGUUGGUUGUUACUGCAGAGAGAGACCGCCUCAGUGUGGAGAUGGCUGCAGAGACACACAGGCAGAAGAACCUCUAUGAGCAGAAGGAAUCAGAGAUGCUGAAAUCAUCACAAGAGCCUCAAUGUGUGCGUGAAGAGGCAGACGCUCUCCCAGGGUCUGGUGCUCAGGGUUCAACAGAGGAAGUGGAGAAGCUUCUGUCUGCUUUGGCUUCUGUCAGCGCAGAACGAGACCAGCUCAAGAUGGACAUGCAGGAAAAUGUGGACAUGAUGAUUGAGAAUCAAGAAGAGCUGAGGACAGUCCUGGAGAGGAACCAUGAACUGAAGGGACAGAUUAAGCAGCUGGAGGCAGCACAAGCAUCCAACCAGGACAAGUCUGUCAGGCAGCUGGGUGCACAGCUGGAGGAGCUACAAACGCAUGUGAGAGACAAGUUUAAGACUUUGACUGAGGAGCUUGGGUGUGUGCGGGCAGAGAGAGACAGUCUGCUCUCUCAGAGGACAAAUGGUUCCUGUAGCUGCUCAGAGGAAGUGGACAAGCUGCUAUGCAGAGUGUCGUCUCUGAAUGAGGAGAAGGAUCAGCUGCAUGAGAUCCUGGAAGGACUGAGACAGGAGAAGAACCAGCUUAAAGCAGAGCUGGAGGACAGGAUGGAGAUGGUUGUCCAAGCCCAAUGUGGUUUUAACCAGACUGAAAUCCUGACCUCACACCUUCAAGCACAUGAUGAGAAAAUGACCCAACUUCAGCAGGAGGUUACAGAGGCUCAGUGUCUUAUAAAGUCACUUAAAGAACAGCUGCGUGAGCAGAAGCAAAAUAAUUUAGACUUGGUAAGACUCUGUGAACAGAAGGAGUGUAAUUCACAACAGCAGACAAGGUCUCUGGCAGAGGAGCUUGAGAGCACACGAGCAGAGAGGAACACGCUGGUGUUUGAGAAGGAGGCAAACAGUCGGAGCUCCACAGAGGAGAUGGAUAAGCUGCAGUGCAGAGUGAAGUGUCUCAGCGAGGAGACAGAUCAGCUGCAGGAGACACUGGAGGGAGUGAGACAAGAGAAGAACCAGCUCAGGCAGGAGCUGGAGGACCGAAUGAAGACGCUCACAGAGCUGAACACAUCUCUACAGACGCUUAGUGGAGAAAAGGACCAACUGGAACGAGAGCUUCAGCACAGCGUGAAUAUGACUUCCACAGCACAGGAGCUGCUGAGCUCCGUUGAAGAGGAACUGUGUCGACAGAAGCAGAUCAACUCAGAUCUGCUAAAACAAAGCCAAGAGACGGAGUGCACUCUGGGUCAGCAGAUACAGACUCUAUGUCAGAAACUGGAGAGCACUGCAGUGCAAAGAGACAGUCUCCCCUCUGCUCAGAGCUCCACAGAGGACAUGGAGAGGAUGCAGUGCAUGGUGGCUUCUCUUAGCGAGGAGAAGGAUCAGCUGCACAGUACCAUGGAGAAACUGAGACAAGAGAAGGGUCAGAUUAAAGCAGAGCUGGAGAACAGGAUGGAAACUCUGCAGAGUCAGAUAAGGACUUUGAAUGUGAAGCUGGAAAGUGUUGAAGCUGAGAGAGAUGGUCUGCUCUCUGAAAGGCGAGCCAGCACUCAGACCAUCACAGAGGAGAUGGAGUCUCUCAGCGAGGAGAGGGACCAGCUUCAGAGCACUCUGGAGGGACUCACUCAGGAAAGGGACCAGCUUCAGAACACCCUGGAGGGACUCACUCAGGAAAGGGACCAGCUUCAGAACACCCUGGAGGGACUCACUCAGGAGCGGGACCAGCUUCAGAGCACCCUGGAGGGACUCACUCAGGAGCGGGACCAGCUUCAGAGCACCCUGGAGGGACUCACUCAGGAGCGGGACCAGCUUCAGACCACCCUGGAGGGACUCACUCAGGAGCGGGACCAGCUUCAGAGAACCCUGGAGGGACUCACUCAGGAGCGGGACCAGCUUCAGACCACCCUGGAGGGACUCAGUCAGGAGCGGGACCAGCUUCAGACCACCCUGGAGGGACUCAGUCAGGAAAGGGACCAGCUUCAGACCACCCUGGAGGGACUCAGUCAGGAAAGGGACCAGCUUCAGAACACCCUGGAGGGACUCAGUCAGGAAAGGGACCAGCUUCAGAACACCCUGGAGGGACUCAGUCAAGAUAGGGACCAGCUCCAGACGUCCCUGGAGAGACUCACUCAGGAGAGGGACCAGCUCAGAGCAGAGGUAUCAGCCAUCCAGCAGAAGCUGCAUGAACAGGAACAGUUGCUCGCUCAGCAAAAAACUGAGAAAGCAGACACCGAUUUGAGGCAGGAAAUGGGCAGCGAAGCAAUCAUGUCAUCCCUUGGAGAGCAGCUCAGGAGUACUCUGUCAUCAAGGCUGCAGGAGUCCACAGAGCAGCUGGAGGAGUCCUUUGGAAAAUUCAGAGACUUUAUUGACAUUUGCUCCAAGCACAACAACGCAUCUCUGAACAAAGCCCUGCAAGUGCAGGGUCUCCCGCGGCCGGCCCAGGUGAUUGGUUAUGCAAAGCCCACCCAGAGGACCUACUGCGCCAUCCAGCAGGCUCUGCAGAGCAGGCAGAUGCAGCUGAGAGACAUUAUAGAGUUUCUUCAUCUACGAGCCAGAAUCUAUAGGAACGAGUUUGAGUACCUGGUGAAGACCGAUGUGGCUAUUUUUGAGGAGAAGCGGCUGCAGGCCCUGCUGCUGUGCAGGGUUCAGGAACCCAGCUAUUCUGUCAAAGACGAGGACACCUACAAGGUGUUUGACCAGAGACUAACUGAGCUGCUGGACAAAAGGCCUUUCUAUCUGCAGAAAAUGGCCAGCAUUUUGGAGAAGUUCUCCGUCAACAUGACCACAUUUUCCAGCGAGCUAUCUGCCGAGGUCCAGGACAGAAAUCGUUUCAGUGAACAGCUACUGGGUGUGGACAGCCCCAGCAAAAUGGAGGAGCUCCUGAGCCGUGAGCUGGACCACAAGUCUGCAGUGGCUCACAGCAGGCAGAUGACUCUGCAGGCCAUAAUGGAUGAGCAUAACCAGAUGAUUAAAGAGCUGAGGGCGCUCGAUGCUCAGGCUGAUUUACAACUCAUGGAGGAGAGAAGCAAGAAUGUCACUUUACUGAAGGCACUGGAGGGAGCCCCUCUGAAGAAAGAGGUCUCCCUCCUUAAGGACAACCAGCAACUUGUACUUCAGCUUCAGCAAACUGAAGAAAAAGUCAAAGUUCUGUAUGCCCAGAACAAGAGCCUGGAGAAGGCGCAGGUCGAAGCCAGCACCAGGGUGUCCAACCACAAACAAGCCACACAGCUUCUCCAGACAGAGCUGCAAGACAGUCGUGCACAAGUUGAAGAGAAGGAAAAUAUGAUCCAAACUCUCAAAAGCAAACUGCGAGAGUCAGAGAAAAAUGCAUCUCCCAGCAGUGUUGAGUUGAAGAAACUUUCAGAUAAAAUAUUCAAACUGGAGGUGGAGUUGAGUUCAGCAUCUGAUCUGCAUCAACAAGAGAUCCAGAGGAUGAAGAUGAUGCUGAAUCAAAAGGAAGACUCUCUAAGGGAUCUGAAGGAGGCCUUGAGGAGAGAGCAACAGGAAGGAGAGGGCUCUUUCCUGACGGGUAAGGAUCUGCAUGCCAGACUGACUAACUCCAGGGGUUUGGUGGUGACUAGCAGCGUUCUGCUAGACAAGAACAAACUAGAGGACGAAGUAAAACUGCUGAGGCUUAAAGUAACUGAACUGGAAAGCUUGGUUUCCAGCCAGAAGGCAGAGAUGAACAAGUGGAAAAACAGGGCAGUCAAGCUUAAAGUACGGAAUAUAAAGGAUGCUCCUUCAUCCCCCUGUACUCCCACCAAGAGGGGCCUUCAAAUGAACACUGACUCCAUCAGCCUCCUCAGUCCACCUCAAAAGGUCCUGGUGACUCCAAAAAAGCUGCUGGACUCUCCCAGGAAGAUGCUGGACUCUCCCAGGAAGAUGCUGGACUCUCCCAGGAAGAUGCUGGACUCUCCCAGGAAGAUGCUGGACUCUCCCAGGAAGAUGCUGGACUCUCCCAGGAAGAUGCUGGACUCUCCCAGGAAGAUGCUGGACUCUCCUGUAGUCUCUGCGUUCGACUUUCCAGAAAGCAGGUUCUUCGGUGGGGAUCAACCCUCUAAACAGGUGUCCAAAAACUAUCCAAAGCAGUUCUUUGAUAACUCCUCCCUCGGAACCAUUCCAGAUGCAGCUGCAGGGUCCGACGGAAACGCACAGUGGUGGCCUCUGUCUCCAAAACAGGAGGAAAUGUGUAAAGCCCAGUAAAAGUAAUCUUUGUGUGUGUGUUUCUGGUUUUUAUCUUGUUCUAUUGCUUGUUUUUAUUGCUCUAAAAUACAAAUAAACUUUUCUGAGAUUAAAACUGG